AAGUUCGCAUCGCUUUCAGGUAAAAUGGUGUCCUUGAGAGAACUUACAGAGGCACGAGGUAACCAGGGCCGAGAAGAAGGAGGGGAGGGGGUUAUAUCUGUGGAGCCUAUCACUAUGAUAGUUCCACCGGAGUUGCAGGAUGUGCCGGAAACCACAACACCAGACAGCGGCGCCAGUUCGAGCGCUAGGGAUAACAGUGGUGAACACCCCACUGCGUCGUCUAGCAGCUCGUCCACUGAAGAGACACCCAGCCGUGAGGAAGGGAUGGGGGAUGUGGUGUGCAGUGUCUCAGAUCGGCUGGCGAUUGGGGAGUGGGAAGGCAGGACAAUCGCGGGCAGGUUGAGUAACCUACGAAAAGCACCGAAGGACCUGCCCGCUGGAUUUAGGUUCGAGGCUGCACUUCAUCACGAAGUAGCAGAUUGUGCGCCCUCCAUAAGUGGGUAUAAGAAACUCGAGGAGAUGGUGAGGGCGUACCACAUCCCCAGAACUAUAUUGCUCCGGACUGGCGGGCAGAAUGAAAGGGCGUGCACAGUGUCACAAACGGGCUGGAUACUAGUGUACGUGGACCACCGUGAUGCCGGCCUACGGUUUCCCUUGCCCGGACUGAUAUUCGAUCUGCUUGCGGAUUACGAGCUGGCGUUGGCGCAGCUGACGCCCAACAGCAUAAGGUUCAUCAUAGGCUUUAUGCUGUUGUGCGCGAAAUUGGAGGUACCAGCUAAAGUGAUAGUAUUCAGGUCGCUGUUCCAGUGCCGGCUGUGCCCGAACUCCAGGGGUGCCAAGUGGUACUACCUCUCUGGGAGGGAGAAGAGCCAGCUCUUCAAAAACGUGAGGAACAAGGUGGCGAGGUGGAAAAGGCAGUUUAUUUUCGUUCGUGACACGCAAGCAGAAAGGAUAAGCUACGACCUCACUGCCUGGCUAUCAGAAUGGCGCACGCAGAACGCCCAUGUCAACUACCCCCAGCUGCUGCCCCGGGACGUAGAUCUGAAAAAUCAGCUGCUUGAGUAUGCGAAGAGGGAGAACCUAAUAGAUCUAGAAGCCCUGGUUACCUCGGAGCAGCUCGCCUUGUUCGGGAGAAAUGAGCAGCAUACUAGAGCGUCAACGUCAGCGAGCCCAGGGCUCACGAGGUCCAGGAGCGGCAGCACCUCGCAGAGACAGACGCGGUUUGACGAGCGACCGCCUCCAGGGCCUCAAUCUCGGAGCUCGUCACACCGAGGAUCCAGCUCGGCGUCUAGGCCUCGGGCUGAACACAGAGCUGAGGCUGCAGCCUCCAGUGCACGCAGGCGUGCACGUGAGGAGAUGGACAGCGAAGAUGAGGUCCCCCUCUUGAGGCGCAGGAUGACUGGGGGGACUGAGCCCGCACAGGCGUCUCAAACGGCGGCUGCACGCUCAUCAAGCGCACCAUCUGCCACAGUGCGAGCAGCGGAUCCAGCGUCCGCCUCGACCUCAACGUCAUGCCCCAGGAUCGCAUAUCCUGAUGGCUUCAGUUACGUGAGGGCGGAGUGCCAGCCCGCCAUGGUGCAAGGCAUGCACAGCUUUGUGCGUCCCGCGGAUCGUCAGUGGGCAAAAGCUUUCGUGCAGCAGCAUGGCAGCCAGGUCGCCAUGAUCAAACUGAUGGAUGCAUUCAGCUACGCUGUAGCUUUGUACGAGAGCGAGCAGGGGGCUCGUACACAGAAUAGCGAGCUCAGUUCCAAAUGUAAACAGUUGACUGCUGAGAAGGCCAGCCUUGUGGACGAUGUGAAUCGUCUACAAGGCUCUGAAAUGGCGAACCGAGCCGCGGCUGCAGAGAGCCGGGCGAAUGAGCUCGCUAAUAGAAAUAACGAGCUCGAAGAGGAGCUAGAGCAAGCCCGCGCCGAAAAAGAGAGCGGGAUCCAGGCGGCAAAGGAGGAGGCCGUCCGUGUUGAGGAACGGGCGAAGAAAGCCGAAGCUGAAAGGGACCGCACUCUGUAUGAGCUGAAUUCCUUCAAGAGUCAGGUCGCUGAAGUUGCCCGGAACCUUAACGCAGCUGAAGAGGCCUUGAAUGAGCUGAAGGCCACUCACAGGCGCUCUAUCAGCAUGGCCCGCGCUCAAGGUGCAAAAUGGCUGGUGGGUUCGGCCGCGUUCCAAGACGCAAUGGCGGUGGCGUCUGCAAACGUAACCACGGAGAUCUACAACGAGAUUCGUGGGAAGGUGCUGCACCACCGCCCAGAUUUUCCCAUCCGCGAGCUGGUGUUUUUUGACGAGGAGGAGCUUGACGAACAGGGGCGUGCCCAUCUGGCCACCAUCGUGCUAGAGGACGGGGAGGAUCCAACGGGUCUGCCCUCGUUUGAUGCGUGGGUCGAAGGUGUUCCUGUUGCUGAGCAGGAGCCAUCAAGCACGCCACCCAACUCUCAGCCCGCUGAGGUGCCAGCUAGCGCGCCCAUCAAUGCACCAGUUCUUGAGCCCGCAGCCCGGUCUCCUCCAGCUCGCUCUCCUAUAGCCGCUGCCGCUGAUGCAUCCAUGCCCGUCGAUCUGACGGAUGACUAGACUUAGGGUUUUUUUCGACUUUUUGUAUUUUCUUUUGAUUACUUGUAUUGAUCAAUGACAUUAUACGUCAUGUUCUUCAAUUGUAAAUGAUCAUUGAUGAAAUACAAAUUAAAUUUCCUU